AUGGCGGACUCCGGCGAGCCGGGGGACACGCGUAUCACUCAGCGCGUUUCUACGAUUCCGGGCGGAACAACCACAACGACCAGAACGGCCACCUACACCGUCCGUAGCGUUCCGGUAACUGCGACGAGUUCGUAUGCAGUCCAUUCGUGCGGGUCCACGACCGGACCCACAACAACAAUGGCUAGGUUUACCUUCGACGAUCUCAAGCGCUACUUGGAAGAUCAGGGCAAGAUUAUAAUGGACGAUCCACGCACCAAGCAACUUAUCGAGUCCGGACAGGCUACUUGGGAAGACGUCAAGGAGUACUUGGAUGCACACGCGCCACGAACUCGCCCGCAAGAAGGGACCAACGUGGUCUACAGCACCACAGGUGGAUACUGGUAUCCAGUCGUCACCGGAACUCCUGUGGUCGCCGCUCCCAACUCGAUUUUCGAAGUGGGCCCCGGUUCAGCGGAGAUUUGCAACAAGAUCUCUUUUCGACCUCGCCUUGAUGCGUACUACGACGCCAAUGGCAAGAGAUUAGUUCUAUUAUUCGACCUUCCUGGUUUUGAGAAGAAAGAUGUGGAGAUCGAGUUGGACAAAGGAGCUCUUGCAAUCUCCGGCGAGCGACCUAAACAGGGGGAAAGCAUGUUAGGUCAGGAAAGUAAUGGUAUCAUCAAAGAACGACCAUUUGGAUUCUUCUACAGGAAGUUUCAACUACCCGCAAACGCGGCAGAGGACAGCAUCAAGGCGUCGAUGGAGCAAGGUGUUUUGGAAGUCGCGGUUGGCCUGAAAGACGAGCACACAAUAACGAAGAAGAAGAUUGAUGUGCAGUGA